UGCUCCGAAGGCCGUCACUUCCGGUGCCCUUCUCUCUCUGGAGCAGCGGCGUGGUGACUAUGGCUCAGAGCCUGAAGGACUUCGCUGGGCGCUUGCCCACUGGCCCACGUGGGAUGGGCACUGCUUUAAAGUUCCUGUUAGGUGCUGGUGCUGCUGCCUAUGGUAUCCGUGAGUCUGUCUUUACCGUGGAGGGUGGGCAGAGAGCAAUAUUCUUCAACCGCAUUGGCGGAGUUCAGCAGGACACCAUUCUUUCUGAAGGACUGCAUUUCAGAAUACCCUGGUUCCAGUAUCCAGUAAUUUAUGAUAUUCGAGCUCGGCCUCGCAAAAUCUCCUCUCCAACAGGCUCCAAAGAUCUGCAGAUGGUGAACAUCUCCUUGCGUGUUCUGUCACGGCCCAAUGCUGCAGAAUUGCCCAGCUUAUACCAACGCCUUGGCCUAGACUAUGAAGAACGGGUCCUGCCUUCCAUUGUCAAUGAAGUGCUCAAAAGUGUGGUGGCGAAGUUCAAUGCCUCGCAACUCAUUACCCAACGAGCGCAGGUAUCUCUGCUUAUCCGUCGGGAGCUCACAGAGCGGGCAAAAGAUUUCAGCCUUAUUCUGGAUGACGUUGCCAUCACAGAGCUGAGCUUUAGUCGGGAGUACACCGCAGCAGUUGAGUCCAAGCAAGUGGCCCAGCAAGAGGCACAGCGCGCUCAGUUCCUGGUGGAGAAGGCUAAGCAGGAACAAAGGCAAAAGAUUGUUCAAGCAGAGGGAGAAGCUUCAGCUGCCAAGAUGAUUGGUGAAGCUCUCAGCAAGAAUCCAGGUUACAUCAAGCUGCGCAAGAUCCGUGCUGCCCAGAACAUCUCCAAGACGAUCGCUGCAUCUCAGAACCGUGUGUAUCUCACAGCAGACAACUUAGUACUGAAUCUACAGGAUGAAGGUUUUACUAGGUGAGCUGCUUUCCUCCUGUUUAAACAGGUGAAGAAAUGAAGUACCGAUUGCCUCCUAGAACCACCCAAAUGACUGGCAGCCUGGGAGUUAUGGAUAGCCUUGGUAGUGCCUGGCACAUCACUUCUGCCCAUAUGUAUUCUCCUUGGCCUUCCUUUCAGUUGUCAUUUCCCACUUGUGUCAUCUUCUCUGCCCACUGCUAAAAAGCCCUUUCUGGCUCAUCUGAUUCCUUUUUUCGAGAACUGUCAACUAUGGGAACCAGCUAUAGAAUCCAGCUUCGCGAUGAAGUGGUGGGUCGAGUCUUUGCCCCCUUGAGCACUGAUCACAUCCUUCUCGGCCUGAAGCCUUGGGCAAGCGGAGAGGUUGCAUUGUGCUGUCUUCAAUUUUGUGUCGAUUCUUCCUGCUGAGUCUGGGUGAGGCAUUAUGCAUUUAAUAGCCUGUCGCUGUCUCGCUCUCUCUGAACCCCAUUGAGCACCUAAUCUCAGGAAUGGAUGGGUCAAGGGGCUUCUGCAAGUGCUGUGAUCUCCAUUUAUGUAACUUCUAUUCGCCUUGUGAUUCACAUCUUUAUAAAAAUAAAAUCAGGUCCAAAACUCUUCCAAAAUCACUGUAAGAGUUGUAGAGUUGACCAAUGGAACUUUGCAA